AGUGAGUAGAUAACGGGUGUCGUAUCGAGCUUUAUUUAUAUCUCUUUAUUUUGUGAACAGAUGCAGAGUAAACGCCGAGUGUAUUUGAUAUUCGCAUGUACUAUAUUAUACAUGUAGAUUAUUAUACGUUAUAUUUAUACAAUUAAAUAAACAACGCACACAACGGAAGGACAUAACAAACAUGGCUGACAUGAACAUGGAUGAUAUAAACGGAAAUUCGGACAAACGGAAGUCUGUGGCGUCUAAGGUUCGGACAUUUCUUCUCAACAAUCUUUUGAUAUUCUUCUUGUUAUUGUCCCUGGUUCUGGGCAUUGGACUUGGCGCUGCUCUCCGUACUGUUCAUCCUCCGCUGACAACCAGGGGCAUCAUUUAUCUACGAUUUCCAGGAGAUUUACUAAUGAACAUGCUGUCAUUUCUGAUUGUGCCUCUCAUAAUUUCAAGUCUCAUUUCCGGUCUGUCCUCGCUAGAUACACGUGCUUCUGGUAAGAUGGGUCUACGCGCCGUCAUAUAUUAUUUGACAACUACACUUGCGGCAGUAGUGUUGGGUAUAGUAGUAUCAGUUACAAUACAGCCAGGGACCAGGGGAGGAGAUCCGGACGAACUUUUAAAUGAAGAUAAGGACCGUGUCGUGAACACUGCUGACACAUUCCUCGAUCUAAUCAGACAGUGCUUCCCAGACAACAUUGUAGAAAUGUGCUUCAAAAAGACACUGACAGAACAGGUCCUGAUAAAUGGCAGUAAUGAGAAAACAGUAGAGGGUACCGACUUGACCACUGUUCCCAUGGUAACGACUAACGAUGUUAACACAACAGGACCAAAACUUCCAGAAAAUGGCGUCCGGCAAGAACCAGAAAAAGUGUACGAGCCAGUUUUGGUUAAACAAGAUGGACUAAAUGUGCUAGGAAUGGUUGUAUUCUCAGUAUUCCUGGGUGUGAUCCUUGGCAGGAUGGGACCUCGGGGGAAACCUUUGAUUGAUCUGUUUGACUGUAUCUGUGAAGCAACUAUGCAACUUGUAAAACUUGUUAUAUGGUAUUCACCAAUCGGAAUCAUGUGCUUAAUCGCAGCCAAAGUUGUCGAAAUGGACGACCUGGGCAAAACAUUUGAACAACUUCUGUUUUACUUCCUUACUGUGAUGACUGGACUAGUUCUGCACGGGUUUCUCACACUACCUCUCAUUUACUUUGUGAUAGUAAGAAAGAAUCCAUUCUCAUACUUGUAUGGAGUUCUGGAAGCUGUGGUGACUGCCCUCGCUACAGCGUCUAGUUCAGCCACGAUGCCAGUAACUAUGCGAUGUUUGGAAGACAGAAAUGGGGUGGAUAACAGAAUCAUCAAGUUUGUUAUCCCAGUAGGGGCGACAAUUAAUAUGGAUGGUACUGCACUUUACGAAGCAGUUGCUGUUCUUUUCAUUGGGCAAAUGAGAGGUUUUGACAUGGAUAUAGGGCGUAUCAUCACUAUUAGUGUCACAGCUACAGCAGCAGCUAUAGGUGCAGCGGGCGUUCCUCAAGCUGGUUUGGUUACCAUGGUAAUUGUACUAUCAGCUGUCGGGUUCCCUACCGAAGACGUGGCUCUUAUUCUUGCCGUAGACUGGUUGUUAGACCGGUUCAGGACGGCUAUAAAUGUUCUGGGUGACGCGUUUGGUGCGGGUAUUGUCCAUCAUCUAUCACGUGACGAGCUAGCAAAGUUAGACGAGAACCAUAGUGUAGUGCUGGCAGCUACAGACGGGCUGUCGGGUAUGAAUACCGAAUCAAGUCCUCAAGACACACGUACUUCAGAACGCAGUAACAAUACCAGUAGUCAAAGGGACGCAUUGCUUAAUGAAAACACACGAUUUAAAAGUUACUCCGGGAUAAGUAAUGAUGGUUUUAUUGAAAAAGAAACUGACACUUGAAAUCUGCCGGUAUACAAUUGACUCAAGGUUCAUUUUCAUGCAACUGAAUACGUAUCUGCAUCUCCACUUACACAGACACUAUCUCUCCACAAGCGGAGAAUUAUUCACGCACAGACAUAUCUGCAGAAACUCAGUUCAUAGAUCUUUACCUGCAUAAACACUUGUGCAUCCUUUUGCUCAUAAACAGUUGCAUGUAUGUAUAUUUCGAAAUCAACAGCAUUUUGUUCAUCGUUUGACGCGACGCUCCAAGGUUCAGGAAAAAACUAUGGGAUCAGAUUUAGUUAACAGUUAAGAGAUAAUAUGUAGCAUAACUAUGUCUUAAUAAAUCGGAAUAAUACGAAGAGGUUGAUAACUAUUACACGCGGUGUAUAAUCAAUAUAAAGUGUCUGAUAUAUAUAUUAUUUCGAUCCUAUGAUGUGUCUUUUAUGUUAAAAAGUAGAUGAAAAUGGGGCAUUAUAGGGCAAACUAAGUAGGUUGAAUACGGGAGGAAGCGCGUCUCCGAAAUAAUUUAGGAGUGCAUAUAAAUAUCUAGCUCCGUUCUUUUAUAUGAUUUCUAUGUAGCAGAUCAAAUGUGGUAGGACUCUUUCUCGGCGCCAGUAUGGCGCUAAAUAGUAUGGCGAUUUGGCGUCAAUAUUGCCGUGUCUUAAUGAAAAUGUGCAUGAUUUUUUUCAUAUUAAAAUCAAAAUAAUGUGACAUGUGAUAGCAAAAUAAUAUGUGAUAAUCUUUAACUAAAAAGACCUUUAAAAUAAAAUAAAAUGCCAAAGA